CCAAGCUUUCUAAGAGAGAAGAAAAAAAAAAAAGUCAGCAUUUCAAGCACUUCUCCACAACCAAUUCAAAUGUUCAUCUCCAAAUUUAGCCACAUUCUUCAUUGGGAAAUUCCUAUAAAUUAGCGAUCCUUGCCUUGCCUGAGAGAAGAGACCUUUAUGUAUGUGUAUGUACACAGAUCACAUCCCUUCUGAUCACUCUUUGCUUUCUCUUCUACCCCCAUCUCUCGAUCUCCACAAGUAGUAGAUAUGGUCAGCAAAGACACGGCAAGAACCAUUGUGGGCAUCAUCGGCAACAUUAUAUCGUUUGGCCUAUUUGCCUCGCCUAUCCCAACAUUUAAGAAAAUAUACCAUGAAAAAACAGUGGGUGGGUUCAAACCAGACCCCUAUCUUGCAACUGUGUUGAAUUGCAGCCUGUGGGUGCUAUAUGGCCUUCCUUUUGUCCAUCCAGAUAGCGUUUUGGUUAUCACAAUCAAUGGCAUUGGGCUUGUCAUGGAGAUCAUUUACGUGUCCAUCUUCUUUACAUACUCAGACUGGGCAAAAAGGAAAAAGAUCGUGAUGGCUCUUCUGUGCAUAGUGAUCUUUGUUGCUGCCGUGGCCGGCAUUACUAUGGGAGCUUUCCACACUCACCAUGACAGAUCUAUGUUUGUUGGGAUUUUAUGUGUUGUGUUCAAUGUUGUUAUGUACGCUUCACCGCUCACUGUCAUGCGACGAGUCAUCAGGACGAGGAGCGUCAAGUAUAUGCCAUUCUUCUUGUCUUUGGCAAACCUCAUGAAUGGAAUUGUUUGGCUCAUUUACGCCCUCAUUAAAAUAGAUGCCUACAUAAUGAUUCCCAAUGCUUUGGGAACCAUUUCAGGGUUGGUGCAAAUGGUCCUCUACGCUGCCUUCUACAAGUCAACCCCAAGGGAAGAAGAAGAGGUGAAGAAGAUACAAGAGGUUCAACUCUCCGGGAUCUAAUUACAGCACCAAGAAAUUUUCUCAUCAAGGAGAUUCUCCUUUAGGUUUUCUGUUCAUUUUUCUAUUUCUUUUUCUUUUUUUAUUCCUUUUGAGCAUUUGUCCAACUUUAAUUUCAAAGGGAAUAAGAUAACAAAACAAGAAAGAAAAAGGAAAACAAGAAAGAAAAACAGAAAAAGAGAUGGAGUUAGCUUACCUUGUGUUUAAUUGCCAUCUUGUUUCUUGUGGCGUUGUGGGGUAUGUCUGUUUCGAUUUUAUUAAUGUAAUUACUAUUCCACAGCAAGGCUUAAGAUU